AACGUGUUGAGGAAUCAGUUUGCAGUCAGCAAUCGUGCCAAGUGGACGUGUUUUCCUCUUAGCUCCCAGGCGGACGUCGAUAGCAUUCAAUCUUGCCUACCGUGAAGGCGAACAGUUUCGCGCGAGUUGUGGGAAAAGUUCUUUGUUUUCAUUGACGUGCGUGUGUCAUCGAGUUGUUGCUGCUUUUUGCGAGCGGUGUCGGCGUUUUUUCCCCAACAGGAGGAAAAAUUCUCGCAAUUAGAGCCAAGUGCAAGAACAAGGAUUAUACUGGCGUUGUGUGGCGAUUGGUCGCAAUCGGGGUGUGUGUUCCUUGUUUGUGAGGAGGAGUGACAUUGACUGAUUUUUUUCUACAAGUGAAAGACUGAUUUUAAUUCCGGUUGGACGAACAGAUUUACCAAAAAAAAACAUAGUAAGAAAAACAAUGGCUGUGGCAUUUUUUAUUCCCUCGGUGGACGAGGACGGUGAACCGGUGAAGCCUAAUCAGCAGGCCGGCAAUCACCCGCAGCAGGUUGGGCAGUCCAAUCAAACGUCUGCGUCGGCGGUUGCCAGUUCGGACGUGUCGCAACAAGUCUGUGCGGAGGUGAUGGCCGAGUUCCAGAAGCAACACCUGAUUAUGGUGCUGCACGAGAUUUUGGUCGCCUACGCGAGAGAAGCCAUCCUUGCGCAACAACCGGCGUCUCCCACGAACCUGUCCACCUCCGAGCCCUGCCUGCUAUGUAAAAAGCUCCUCACCUGUUCCGGCGAUUCUACUGACAACAUCAAUGGGACCAGACUGCGGUCGGCUGCGAUAACUGGGGCGCUUCUGGGCAACAGCAACGAUACAUUAGCCAAAAACGUGCCAGGACUACUGAUACUACUACUACUACUACCACUACUACUACUUCAACCACUAGGAAUAAGCGAGAGACUUCGGUCGUCGGAGGGGAAGCCGAGCAGCAGCACGGAGAAACCAGGUCAAGGACGACUGGUGAUGGUGCUUUAA